AUGGGCAUUCUUGGCGAUUGGCAGCGGGGUCCGGUGAUCGGCCGCGGAGCGUCGGCGACGGUGUCGAUCGCCACGGACCGCGUCACUGGCGACGUGUUGGCGGUGAAGUCGGUGGGGAUCGCGCUGGCGGGCGUCCUGCUGCGAGAGCAGAGCGUGCUGUCCGCCCUGAGCUCACCGUACGUGGUGUCGUGCGUGGGGUCCGGUGUGUCGGCGGCAUCGGAUGGUAGCGGCUACGAAUUGUUCCUGGAGCUGGCGCCAGGCGGGUCCCUGGCGGACGAGAUCAGGCGGUGCGGCGGGCGGUGCGAGGAGCCCCUGAUCCGGUCGCGCGUGGGCGAUGUCCUGCGCGGCCUGGCCCACGUCCACGGCUCCGGGAUCGCGCACUGCGACGUCAAGGCGCGGAACGUGCUUGUGGGCGCGGACGGGCGCGCGAAGCUCGCGGACUUCGGGUGCGCGCGGCGGACUGUCGAGGCCGAGGACCUCGGCAACAGUAAUGCGGCGGCGAUCAGCGGCACGCCGAUGUUCCUGUCGCCCGAGGCCGCGCGCGGCGAGGCGCAGGGCACGGCCGCGGACAUCUGGGCGGUCGGGUGCACGGUCAUCGAGAUGGCCACCGGCGGCGCGCCGUGGCCGGGGCUCAGCAGCCCCGCCGCGGCGCUCCACCACGUCGCCCGCUCCGAGGACGUCCCCGAGGCCCCCGCGUGGCUCUCCGGCGAGGGGAAGGACUUCCUCGCCAGGUGCCUGGUCAGAGACCCCGCCCAGAGGUGGACCGCGGAGCAGCUGCUUCAGCACCCGUUCGUCGCAUCCACGGAAACCAAUCCCACCUCCAACUCCAACUCCAAAGCUGCGCCGAUCGAGCGGUGGGUUUCGCCCAAGAGCGUCCUCGACCAGGGCUUCUGGUUCUGGGAGGAGGACUCGUCGUCGACGACGGUGCCCGCCGACCGUGUCCGCGCACUGGCGUCCGCCGAGUCGCCCGACUGGACCUGGAGCGGCGAGGAAUGGAUCGCCGUCUGCUGCACGACCACGACGGACAGCAACGACACGGCCCCGGAGAAACUGGACGCGGAAACGACGGAGGCCGCGGGCGGCAGCAAUGCCGACGAUGAGCACGUCCCCUCCUCAUCCCGUUCCGACGGCGCCGGCGUCGGCGGCUCCUCCUCAAACGUGACGCACGGCGGCAGUAGGUCGGGUGACGACGGCAGUAGCUGGAGCUGGCUGCUCGCUGGUUCGGAUUUCUCUGUUGGUGAGGGCACGGGAUAUGCUUCCUUCACCUCGCAGGCCAGCUUCUCCCUUCCUAGGAACACGCCAGCCUCCAUGGAAAAGAUUGACAAGAAGGACGUGGAGGUCAGGGUCUCAGAGUCCGUGAAAGAAGUUCCGGUAGAUCUCAUCGGCGACGGCCCGCGAACAGAACGCACUGGGUAG